UUUUUAAAAAUAUCGUAUGAUUAAUACAUGUUUCACGUUACAACGCAGGAAGUUUUAUCGAAGGGAGACCACGGCAAGUCCUACAAGGAUGAGAAAACCAACCACAGUAAUUUGCACAAGAUCAACUUGAGGAACAACCAGCUGAAGGGAAACAUAAUUUUGGGAAAUUAUGGUAAUUUGACGCAUCUAGACGUCAGCGAAAACAGCAUUGAGAAGUUGGACAUUAGCGCUUUGCAAGAGCUAAGGAGCGUCCGUUGUGCACGAAAUCACCUGACCGAAUUAACUCUUUGCGGCCGAAAUCUCGUGUCACUCAUCGCUGGAAACAAUAAAUUGAAGAAGCUAACCGUGGAACCUGUGCCAAUUAAUCUGGAGCAUCUGGAUGUUUCCUACAACAAUUUGGACGCACUGCCCGAAUGGACGACCGAACUGCCAGCGUUACGUGUUCUCUUCGCGUCGCACAACACCCUAACGGCCCUGCCGGACCGGCUGUUGUCGCAGCCAUCGAGAUUGGAAGUUCUUCAUCUGCCGCACAAUCGAUUGCAGGCCCUUCCGCCGCCCAGGAGACCGCUGAACAUAGUGCACCUAACUCUUCAGGGCAACAUGUUGACCACACUGCCCACCAGCUUCUUCGCGAACACCGAAAAAAUGAAGGUUCUGAAUCUCUCCAACAAUCGGCUCUCCGAGCUUCCGUAUCGCGAGGAAGCCGGCAGGACUCACCAAGGAUCGCAUACUUUGGAGAAGCUUUACGUCACGGCGAACUGCCUGACCGAUACCGCCCUGGACGCUCUGACGAAGUUCACGUCCUUGAGAGUUCUUCAUAUCGCUUACAACACCUUGGACACGCUUCCAGAAAGUUGCAUUGCCGCGUGGGGCGAUCUGGAAGAAUUAGUGCUGUCCGGCAACCGAUUGCAAUAUCUGCCGGACAACGUGGCGAAUCUGCGACAUUUGCGCGUACUACGCGUGCAUUCUAAUCGGCUCUUAACGUGUCCCACUUUUAGCAAAACGGCAGCCCUGAAGGUGUUAGAUUUAGCGCACAACCAAUUGGACAGAGUAAACCUGGCUACGUUGGUGCCAGCGCAGCUUCAGUUCCUCGACAUAUCUUGUAACUCGCGAUUGCACGUGGACCCCCGACAGUUCCAAGUGUACAGGUCACAGAGGCCGAUAUCUUUGGUCGAUGUGUCUGGACAAAACAGGCCUAGUCUACCCUCUCACCCGCAUCAGCAGGAGAUCGUCGCGGCGGAAAAGAAUGGCGACCAACCGUGGCGAUUAGGCUUUUCGGAAACUGCCGGCUCGCGCGAAAAGCUGUACAUCUCCCAAGUGAGAAUGCCGUCUUUCUGCAACGUCGAGGGCUUGUUCGGCAUAUUCGACGGCGGUUCCAAUCAGGAAGCGCCCGGUGCUCUUCAAGAAAUGAUCCCCCGUCUCCUGCUGGAGGAACGCACCGUCAGGGAGACCUCCAAAGAGUACCUGAAGUAUACUUUGCUGUCAGCGCACAGAGAGUUGAAGGAAAAGGGCCAAAAGUACGGUAUAGACGCGACUCUGGUUCAUGUGAUGAAGUUACCGGCGCAGGCGGGAUAUCCGAAAUCCUCGGCCAGGUACUCCCUGAAAGUGGCUUCCUCCGGGGACGCCAAGGCUAUCCUGUGCAGAGCCGCUGGUCCCUUGACACUCGCCUCACCUAAGAAAUCUCAGUCGGUGAAGAAUCAACUAGGCAACGCCGCCAUGUUCCCGCUGGUAGUUCCUGACCCGACGUUCGAGGAGGUAACUCUCGAAGACGACGACGAGUUCGUCAUAAUCGCGAAUCGAAGGCUGUGGGAAGUUCUGAGCGUCCAAGAGGCUGUAAGGGAAGCCAGAGCCGAGGCUAGUCCUGUCCUUGCGGCCAAGAGGCUUCAGGACUUAGCACAGGCUUACGGUGCGGAGGACAAUCUUAGCAUUGUCGUCGUCAGGUUGGCCGGGCCGAGCCCGGGCGACAUGGACCAGCUCAUGCGAGAACUCAGGCACGCCGUUGGCAAGAACCGAGGUCAGACAGAUGGCGUGUGUCCUUGUCCUUGUUGCGUGCCGCCAGCGGCGCAUAAGCCGCCCGGAGCCUGCUGCUGUCACGCGAGCGAAGGCUAUUAUCUUAAUGGCGUAUUAAAGAAUAUAGUGAGCAGGUCUAACAAAGUUCACGGUGGUUCCGGGAGAUACUUCAAGAAUCCGAGACCGGCACAGGAGAACGAAAGCCCCCCGUAUAGAGACGAUCGCAGCUCACCGAGUGGACAAUCCGACCAAGCCAGCGACAGCACGUUCAAGUCUCGUCACCCGUCGGGAAGGAUGUGGUCCGCAAGUGCGGCUUCCCGAGCGACGAGCAAGGCGCACCAGAGCGUUCUCAUGCAGGAGAACGGCACACGGAAAGUAACGGCCUGCCUGCCGGCACAGGAGGACGCCGUGUCGGAGAGGUCCGGUGCUCUCAGCGAGGAGCAGUUCCGCUGUUGGGAGUACAUGCUCGAGCAAAACACCCAACUGUUGUUCGACAAAGAACUGGACACACUGACAAAAGCGCCGUUGCAUCGGGGCCAGUCGAGGUCAACGCCUCAAUUAGGUAGCAAUUUGCCGUUCUUGUCGAAAAGGUUCGGCAGCGCGAGGUCUUUCAAUCCCUCGCUGCCGCGGCCGCCGGUCGUUCGCUUCGGCAGCGGACGGAGAUUGUUGAACGGCGGACCGAACGCCGCGUACUUCGGCAGCCUCCAGAGGCUGAUGCCGUACAAUCUGGAAUACGACUUCGCCGUCAUUCAAGAGAGAAGCGGCAUGGACUCGUUGGAGCAAGACGCCACGAGGAUGCAACAGUAUUGGGGCGUCGCCACCACCGAAUUGUAGAUUAAGAUCCGUCGACGACGAAUAACGCGAAGAUGCAGGCAAGAAAGCGAAGGAUCUGAGCGGAUUUCAAUAUAUUCCAUCGUCAUUGUGACGAGCGUGAUGAGAUCUUCUAAAGUUUGACCCGACUUUGAAGGAGAUGAGAAACGCGCGUGAUUUUUUUUUUAUAUCGUGGCCACCGUACCACCUGCACACAGAAGAAUACACGCUGCGUACAAGCAAAUGUUGCUCGUUUCAAUGAUUUCAUAAGUAUUUUGUACAUCAGCAAAUAUAUCACAUCGCAUCAAAUUUAUUCAAAAUAUAUUCUGAAUCCUGGUGAGUUUAGUACUACAAUCAAGAAUAUUGAGCUAAAACAGAAAUCGAGUUGUUUGUUUGAAAUAAUUUAAUCUAACUUUCAUUCGAUCAAGUUUUAUAAUAUUCUUGUGAAAAGAAUAAAUUCUUCUUUCGAGUACGUGAUUACGAACAUUUCCCGUCGCUUUUCCGCUGAAGCCUAAAAAAUAUCGGAGCUUUUCUCAAAUUUGCGAUGAGCGAUAUUUUAAGACAGUUAUUGAACAAAUAUUCUUCGUUGGAGAUAACUCACGAAAGGAGGAAGGUAAACCUGAAUAAUCGCUUUCCUCGGCGGCGUAGCGAUAUUUUUCUGUGUGCGAUUGCAAGAUUACGACGACGAAAUUCAACGAGCAAGACGAUUUGUUAAGUUACACCGCGGUAUUCGGGUUAAGGUGAACUUAUUCUCGAUGUUGCGGUCCAUUAAUUGGAGCAAUUUUCUCGGAAAGGUUCAAAUUCCGCCGGAGAUACUCGCAGUCUAAUUAUCGUCGAAACGCGACGGAGUAAUUAUUAGAAUACACAGAGCGGCGGCGGCGGCGAAGAAGAGUUCCGUCGUCGACAAACGCGCGUAUCGAUCGCGCUGAUAACAAUAGUUGCACGAUGCAAGAUACGCUGUGACGUUCUUCGAACCCGGUGCGACACAAAAGGCGAUGGGAUUUGCACCGACUCUCGGUAAUUCGCCUGUUUAUUGCAACUGAUUCGCGUACAAUAAAGAGAUCUCCGUUAACCGCCGUGACGCGCCUUUACGAUGUACGCAAAGCUCGCUUUAUUUCUUUACAGCGGCGGAGAUACGCGGCGACGGGUAUCGCUUUAUUGCGAAACGACUUUACGACAGUGACUCCGCGGAGAAUAGGCGUAUAAGUGACUGAAGGAGAAGUCUCGCGCUUACAGAUCGUUGACUCGUCUCGGGAAUUGACUCAAACAUUUCCCUCGAAUCCCUUCUCAUCCUCCUCCCCGUUGACAUAUAACCGCCCGAGAAGUUUCUACACUUCUGCUUUAUUCGGACGAAUUCGAAACUCGAGAAAGAAGCAUGCAUUUGCAAGACUGACACACUUUGCGCUCCGUAUGUAGCUGUCGCGCUCUCUGACUCGAGCAAACCGAGCCUGAUGAUUCAUGACUUGGCCGCGCUUCUCCAACCGGGAAUAAAUACCGAUAUAAAAAGACUUAUUAAAGUACAUUAGAGCCUUUUUGAUCGUAAAAUUCAUUUUACUAAUGAAUAUAAUAAAACAUAAUUUUUGCAUUUGUUUUUAUUUGUUUCAGACUGUCUAAGAUAAUAGUUUUUUGCUAACUGAAAAAAGUCGGAUGUCGGCAUAUUGAGACUAUAAAUAUUCCUUUUUGAGAUUUCCACAUGAAUAAUAUAUAUUGUAGAGUUUAUCUUGAAUAUUAUCUGUUA